GAUCGGCCGCCUCUCUCCCCUCAGUGCUCCUCAGCCAGGUCUCCUCCUGUGUGGACCAUCAUCAUGACAUCCUGAUCGCAGCUGCUGCAGAACUUCUUCUGACUGAUUUUGGCUGAACUGACUAUAUAUAUUUUAUUUGCUCUGUCGUUUGCAAUCCACAAUGACUGGAGUGUUUGACAGCUUAGUGUCAGAUAUGCAUUCGAACCAAAUGACCUCAAAUAGUUACCACAGCCUGCACAAGUCACAGGAGUCCCCCACCCUGCCUGUGUCCACAGCUACUGACAGCAGCUACUACACCAACCAGCAGCAGCAACAACACUGUGGAGGGGGGUCUCCCUAUGGACAGAUGGGAUCCUACCAGUUUCACAGCACUGGCAUCAAUGGCAUCUCCUACUCUGCCAAGUCCUAUGAUCUCACCUCCUAUAACGGCUCCUACAGCUCCUAUGGACCCUAUGGCACUAGCCCUUCCCCUACACACAACGACCAAGAAAAAGAGGAGGGUGAGCCUGAGGUCAGGAUAGUGAAUGGCAAGCCCAAAAAAGUCCGUAAACCCAGGACCAUCUACUCCAGCUUCCAGCUGGCAGCCCUGCAGAGGAGGUUUCAGAAAACACAGUACCUGGCACUGCCCGAGAGAGCGGAGCUGGCGGCAUCGCUGGGCCUCACUCAGACACAGGUAAAAAUCUGGUUUCAGAACCGCAGAUCAAAGUUUAAAAAGAUGUGGAAAAGUGGAGAGCUGCCCUCUGACCAGAUUCCUACAGGCAAUGAAUCCCCGACCUGCAAUUCCCCUCCUUCUUCAAUCACCUGGGACUUUGGGUCACAUCAGAGGUUGCAGGGGCCGAACCCAACCCCCAGCAUCCAGCCCCCCAACUCCAGCCCCAGUGCCUUCCUAGGCAGCUACUCCUCCUGGUACCAAACCUCCAAUCCGGCCACACACCUUCAGUCCAGUCCAUUACUGCAACAGCAGCACCACCUCCACCAUCACAGCAGUGGGGCUAUCACUGCAGGGACAAUCUUCUAAGCGAUCCCCAGUUGCUGGGGGUUGUGAUGAUGAACAUUAAUAGGCAGUGUGGACACAAUGACUGGGAGAGGUCUCCUUUCUGUGUCACUGAUCACAGGUGGCCUCAGGUUCAUGUCAUAGACUGGUGAUCUGAUCAAUCAAACCCUGGACUCGCUGAGGACUGGAGAUUAUAUUGUCUGCCAUUUUAGCAGACAUGAAUUGGAUCUAUGUUUAAGAAACAAA